AUGGGCGCCCUCAAGAACAUCGUAAUCGCCAUCUUCGUCCUCUCGCUGCUCACCUUCGUUGCGCUCUUCGGCCAGCUUCCAGCGCUGAGGAAGACCCCAAUUGGCUGGCUGCAACAAGCACUCUUCGUCCACAUCCCUAAUGCUCUCAAGCGCGUCGAUCAGAAAGUGACUGGCGGACGCAUCAUCGUCAAGAGUAAACGACUCGGUCACUACCUCUUCUACGAGCGGAACCCGAUCGUGCUGAUCAUCUUCCUCAUUCUCUUAACGGGCAGCUCCGGCCUCUUCCUCUGGCACGCCAUCCACCUUCUGCCAACGAGCCUUCUUCUCCCCAUCCCGCUUCUGCUCGGUCUGCCAUACUACUUCACCUACCUUUGCGCAACCCAUACUUCCCACUACAUUACCACGCUGAACCUCAACUACCGCCUCCAGGGUUACCCUUUUGAUCAUAUCCUCUACCAUCCCGGCCCGCAAUGUCGGACUUGUGCCUUGCCCAAACCGGCCCGAAGCAAACACUGCUCCCUCUGCGGCCACUGCGUGGCAAAAUGCGACCACCACUGUCCCUGGGUGAACAACUGUCUGGGACGAGGCAACUACCGGUAUUUCCUCGCUUUGCUCCUUAGCCUGGGCCUACUACAACUUUACGGCGCGUAUCUGAGCUACUACCUCCUCUACCCUUACUUCCUCGCCCAUCGGAACCGGAACGUUCUGUUCAAACGCGGCUACUGGAGCGAGCUAGGUGAAGCAAUGGCUUACGCCAUCCACCGCGGCGGGCUACCAAUUGCGGGAGUGGGUUUACUAGCCGCUUCUACUGCUGCCAUGCCGCUGGCGCUGCUGGGGUAUCAUUGCUAUCUUAUCUGGGCCGGGAUGACGACGAAUGAGUCCCAGAAGUGGGCGGAUUGGCGGGAUGAUAUGGGGGAGGGUUGUGUGUUUAAAGCCUCACGAAAGGCUUUGAAGGCGCACAAUCGCGCUCGCAGAGGUUCGGAGGAUGAUGAGGAUGGCGACGCGGUAGGCGCGGUGCGCUGGCCGGUGGAGAGUGAUCAGGUUGUCGUAAGGACGAACGAUGGCGAGCCCCCAGUUGGUCAGGAGGGGCUGUGGACGAGGGUGUGGAGUUUGGGGGACGUGGAGAAUGUUUAUGAUCUCGGGGGUUGGGAUAAUCUGGUUGAGGUUUUGCGCGGUCGGUGA